CAUUUCAUGGUUCUAACUUCCAGGUCAUAGCACCCAACUUCUUCCUUACUCAAUUAAUCUCUCUAUCGUCCUCUAAGGCUUUCUUCGGUUCUGUCACUAACUCUUCAGGGAUCGGAGAUCAGAGAUCGGAGAGGAGGAAUUCCGCUUCCCUCAUUGGCCGGAUUAACAAUUACUUUACUCACAACAGGUUUUCUUUCAGAUACAAUGGAUGGAGAGAUAAUCAAUAUCAAGAAAUGGGUAGUUAUAUACCCAGUCUAUAUAAAUUCAAAGAAAACUAUACCUGAAGGGAGGCGGAUUUGUGUGAGCAAAGCAUGUGAGAAUCCUACUUGUGCUGAAAUUGGAGAUUGUUGCAGCCAUUUCAAACUCCCUUUUGCAAUUGAGAUAGAUAAAGCCUAUCCACGGGAUUUCAUGCAAAGAGGAAGGGUAAGGGUGCUGCUGAAAAAAGAGGAUGGGACUCUCUGUAAUCCAGCUAUUUCUUCAAGGAAACAGCUGAUGCUGCGAAUCGCAGAGUUAGUGCCAAGACAUCCUGGGAGGACAAAGAAGCCAGAGCCUGCAUCCACAUCAAAUGCUACAACUUCAAAAUCUGGAAAGGGUGGGAAAAAGAAGAGAUAGCUGUAGUUUUAUAGAUAGCAUAUGGUCUUCCAUGUUUACUUGUGAUCAGACACAACAGCAUCGGUAGGCAACGUUAGAUCCUGAGGCUCCAUGAGGUUUGGGAUUCAGUUCCUCAUGGGAACCCACCUUGCAUGUGUUUCUUGCUUCAAAGAUUUCACUGUUUUUAAAAUGAGAAAGAACAAUGGAUAGGCAUCAUUAAAAAGUUCAUGCUCUUUAAUAGAUACACGUGUGGGUUUAGAACAUUUUACUUGUUUGACGUAAUUGUGGUUUCAAGAUACAUACCAAAGUACUGUCAUAAGUUUUCUCUGGGAUGAUUUCGAUAAUCGGCCUAGCAUAAUUUACAAGUUUUAACAAAAUAGAAUUUGAAUAUGAAAA